UUUCUGGAGAGACAGUCAACAUGGCUGCUCCCAUGUAGACGUUUGUUGGGUUCACUGUUAGCAGGAAGAAACUACAAAUCAUGAAGGAAAUCAGCUGCUAUGGAUGCAAAGGAAGUGGUCCGCUGUGCUCUUCAGAUAGAGAAAUUCAGUGCAGACAGAAGCUAUGGGAACAUCAUGACCCUCCUUGGUGACCUCGAGAAGUCUCAAGUCACAGCAGAGCAGCUGGAAGCAACAGACAUCGUCAAGGUGCUCUACAGGCUCCUGAAAACCUGCUCUGAUGACAGCGUGAAGAAGACCGCAAAGAGCUUGCUGUCCAAGUGGAAGAGGCAGUACACGAGGGAUAGACGAGGAGUGAAAUGCACAGAGGAGAGCAAGGAUCCUGAGCUUUCUUUACCAAAAGAGGAUGUGGAUGGUGAGCAGGGGGAUUUCCAUUCUGUUUCUGGACAAACACGUGACACUGGAGAGGAGAUUGCUGCAGAAAAAGAAGCGCCAUCUGUGCAGGCUACUCCGGGCCUCCAGGCUCAUAUUUCCACUGUAUCUUCUGAUAGCGUAAGAACCAAAUGCGUUCAGCUCCUCCUUGCUGCCCUCUGCCCCGAAGCUCCUGAUCAGGACAAGGCUGCAGAGCUGGCUGCAGGCAUCGAGCAGCACAUCCACGAGCUCCACAAACACAACCAGGUCAAAUAUAAAGCCUGUGUGAGGAGCAAGGUAGCCAACCUGAGGAAUCCCAAACACGGCCACCUGCGUCAGGGCCUCCUGAGCGGCUCCCUGUGCCCCGAGGCCUUCGGCCGCAUGUCUGCGGAGGAGAUGGCCAGCGUGGAGCUGCGGCAGCUGAGGGAGGAGUACUCCUCCCAGGGUGUGAGCGAGAGGCAGCUGCCUCGAGGGAUAGAAGGGAUGCAGACUCAGAAGAUUCGCUGCAAACGAUGCGGGGGGUCAGACUGUAGGGUGACACAAGUGUCCAGAGGGGUUCUGUUCUUGCCUGCAUGGGUGAGGCGGGGCAGCCCAGACGAGGAUGCGAUGACCUUUGUGACCUGUAGCGGGUGUGGCCAGCAGUGGUACCACAGCGGGUGGGUCUGCCUCUAAACCAACACACAUGGCCAAUAAAGUUAAUGAGAGAUUAAUCAGUGAUGAAAAUAACAGAUAAUAUCGUCCUGCACAGGAAUCAUGCUGUGUAGGACUUUCAUUAAUGAUGACUUUAUUUUCUCUAUUUGCCAGUUUCAUUUACCCAAAUAAAAUGACUUAAACGGCCCUUGUUGCAGACUAACUGCUUUAGCUGGACUGCCCGCUGUGAAACCGCACUCAUUUGAGUGGAUUUUCCUUUCUUCACCCCAUGUUGAAGGUUUAAAUCUGACGCCGUAAAGACUUUCUAGUGACCGGUUAAAUGCAGAGAGUGGAAACUUUCCAGCAGGAGGAAGUGCAUACUUGUGGUUUAAACCAGAUUUUUUUUCGUAGCAUUUCUGUUUGAUGUUUCAUGCAUUCACCAGUAAAACCCACAGCUGGAAGCCCAAACUGUGUCUUUACUGCCUGAAAUGCCAAGUCACUGCAGCUGCCGACUGAAACCACGAGUUUUUAAGAAGUAGCUGUCAUCAUCUUUUUCUUGGUGAAUCAUUUCCUGUCUCCUCUACUCUCUGUAAUGGCCCUCCAGUUUAUUUCUACAUACAUUUGAAUGCUUUUACUGGCCUCUCUCUCACUCUCACAUUCUCUGAUCAAAAGAGUCAUUCAUCGCUAAUGUUUAAUUUUAUAGUCUUUAUGUCAGUAAUUCUGGGUAUUAACAUGUUGGGAGAUUCCUUAACACAUGCCUCUGCUCUACAAUGUCCCAUUUGUGGCAAACUGAAUCCAGCAGAUGAGACAUGUGACCCCCCCCCCGAAAGAACAGCAAGCAUGUGAGUCAUUAAUCUGCCCUCCCCAGCAGCCGGAGGGGUGGAUAUCCCAUGGUGCUCCGGCCAGCGUGGCACAAUGACUCAUUUACACGUUUACUGUGACGUCACA